AUGAGUACCGAAGUUGUGCCUCCACCCACGACCGUAGGCGACUUCCUAGAACCACGACCAUACGAAACAGUCAAAGCAGAGGCCGACGAGGUCGACGAGGCGCCAGUUGGCCGUGGCUAUGGACCUCCAGCGAAAAAACCCUCUGACUCGUCUCAAUUCGGCGUCUUCAAGCCAAACCUGCCAUGCUAUCGCCUACAUUGCCGUUCGAGUCGAAACAACACGAUAGUUACCUUCACGGAACCUAAGGGAAAGUGCAUUUCCUGGUUUUCUGGCGGUAGCUUGAAAUUCAAGAAGGCGAACCGUGCUUCGUAUGAAGCUGGCUACCAAUGUGCGGUACAGACGUUCAAGAAGAUCGAGGAAGCUAAUGCGAAGGAGCCGCUGAACAUACACCUGUUUCUCAGUGGGUUUGGGCAAGGCCGGGAUGCAAUGAAGACCGCUCUGCUGUCUGUGGAAGGGGAGAAGAUAAAGCAUUUGGUUAAGCAAAUACAGGACCGGACACCAAUAAAAAUUGGAGGAACGAGGUCGAAGAAAGCACGGCGGCUGUAA